AGGACAACAACCACCAGAGCCACUGCCUAUAAUCCAGAAGGCAAGAGGCAGUCAGUGUGUGUGCCAACACUCUUUCUGCUGACACUAGACGGCAUCAAGACCAGACCAAGGAAGAUACUCAGUGAAACACAACGGUUUGCAAUGGGGCUAUAUCUGGUGGUCCUCUGGGUCUGUGCUGUGGUGCUGCAUUCCCUUGGGAGAGCAGAGAAAGUAACUCAAACGACUGAAACAAGUUUCUCUGAGAGCACAGAAGGGUUGACUGCGGGGACAGUUACUACAAGGCUGGAUGUGACCCGAAGCCCUGCUAGACACACACACCAGAGCCUAGAACCUGACCAGAAGCAAGAACUGCCUCCCUUAUACCCCUGUCAGGAUGACGAGACGGAGUACAGUGAAAGAGUGUACCAGAGGGAUUCUCAUGGUGUUAUGCAGCUGGUUCAGAGCGACGACGAUGAAGACAGCGAGGACUAUGAAGACACUGACAUUGACACCAGCAUUCACCCCUGCAACCUAUCACCCAGUGGACUGGCCCGCUGUCUUAUCUACCCAACCAAUCAACUCAACUGCUCCUGGAAAUUCCAUGGUCUCCUUAAUGACAGCCAAUCCUCUGCCUCUGUCUCUGUGUGUAGGAACAAUGAGAGUAUCUCCAGUGUGGACUGUGUCUCUGAGGUCAUGGGAGGCCAGGGAUGGCCUGGCGGUGUGGUUCGAGGCGUGUCUGCUGGCUGCCAGGGGAGUGUGGGUGACGGCGUCACCUCUUUGAGUCUGACUUUCAAAGUGUCACGCCCUGCCAUGUGCUGCAUCUACACCAAUAAAAUGGACACCAUAGAUAUUGAAGUACUGCGCCCGCCCCCCAACAUCACUGCCUGGGUCAGAGAGGAGGGUCUGCUGGUGCAGUGGGAUCUUCCAUCCAACACCGCACCCAGAUGCUUCCACUACCAGCUCCAGAUCAAUGACCUGGUGAGGAGCUUCACAGAAGGACUGACAUUCACUGAGACCAACCUGGACCACACACAACGGUACGACGUGAAGAUGAGGGUGAGGAAGAAUAGUAACUGCAGAGGAUCUGAACAUUGGAGCAGCUGGAGCAACACCAUCCAGGUGGCCCCGUCUGAAUCACACAAUCAGCUGAACACUCCGGCGGUUGUUGGCAUCACUCUGGGGAUACCCAUGAUCCUCCUGGCUCUCCUGCUGCUGAUCAGACUCCAGAGGGACCGUCUGUUUCCCCCCAUCCCUGGCCCCCCACUGAAGAUUAAACACCUCUUGGAGAGAGACGACCUACUUCAGGCCCUGCCGUCCAAAUGUGUUGAGGAGAUCACAGUGGUGGAGGAAGCUGAGGAAACACCUGUCAAUAAUGGCCUGUUUUUAAAGUAGCCUCGGAAAUACCAGCGUGAAGCUUGCGGGAUCAGACGGCUUUGCUAGGCUGUUUUAAAGCCCCGUCAACAUUAGCCCCUAGGCCGAUCUGUAAGAAGGAUCCCCUUAGCCUAUCAGAGGUCAAGAUGCAGUCAUUAUCAUUUGUUAAUACCUAUACAGUCCUUUCCGAUCUACAAGUAGGACAAGGAGAGUGUGCAGGGCAAGUGUGACCUUCCUGGUCCCAUCCCUUAAGUCUGUGAGUCAACACAGGAAGGAGUAAUGGAUGGAUAGUUAUUUUAUUUCCAAAGCUGCGAUCAUAUGGAUGGAUGAAUGAUGAGUAGUAGACAGGAUAUAACAGAUAUAAUCCUGACUAGUCUCCCAGUCCCUGCCGCUGAAAAACAUCCCCACAGCAUGAUGCCUCCACCAUGCUAGGUUUAACAAAAUGACAAGGUGAAAAAAUCUAUGAAUCUGCCCUUGAGCAAGGCACUUAACCCUAAUGGCUCCAGGGUUACUGAUCGUAAUGGAGAGGGGGGUCACAGCCAGCCAUUAUGAACGGUAACCCUGGAGCCAUAAGGGUUAAGUGCUUUGCUCAAGGGCACAUCCAUAGAUGUUUCACCUUGUCGGCUCGGGGAUUCAAACUAGCAACCUCUGUUACUGGCCCAACGCUCAAACCGCUAGGCUACCUGCUUAAACCCCACCAUCAUUAACCCCUAAGCUUGUGGGCCGAUCUGUAAUGAGGAUCCCCUUAACCUAUCACAGGGCAAGCUGCAGUCGUUACCCUUUAGUUAACACCUAUCCAAUCCUUUCAGAGUGGGAUAUGACAAAAAAACACAUUUCUAAAUAUCAUGUGAAAGAGGACAAAUAUUAGUACCCACCAAAUUACUACACACACACUUCAAAGCGUUCCUCCAUCUGGAACCACAAACGUGCACUUUAGUAAACAACAAAAGCAUCUCAAAGGCUCAAUUAAAUGCAUGCAUAUGUAUAUACACAAACACACACACACAAUCAAAUUGUCCCAUCUCUGUUGAAAACAUAAAAUUGUUAACUAUAUUACAAGCACUGUGUGUGUGUGUGUGUGUGUGUGUGUGUGUGGGACGACCUACCCCUCCACAGACUCGUCUCUCAGCUGUGUGUGUGUGUGUGUGGGACGACCUACCCCUCCACAGACUCGUCUCUCAGCUGUGUGUGUGUGUGUGUGUGGGACGACCUACCCCUCCACAGACUCGUCUCUCAGCUGUGUGUGUGUGUGUGGGACGACCUACCCCUCCACAGACUCGUCACUCAGCUGUGUGUGUGUGGGACGACCUACCCCUCCACAGACUCGUCUCUCAGCUGUGUGUGUGUGUGUGUGUGGGACGACCUACCCCGCCACAGACUCGUCUCUCAGCUGUGUGUGUGUGUGUGUGGGACGACCUACCCCUCCACAGACUCGUCUCUCAGCUGUGUGUGUGUGUGUGUGUGUGUGUGGGACGACCUACCCCUCCACAGACUCGUCUCUCAGCUGUGUGUGUGUGUGUGUGGGACGACCUACCCCUCCACAGACUCGUCUCUCAGCUGUGUGUGUGUGUGGGACGACCUACCCCUCCACAGACUCGUCUCUCAGCUGUGUGUGUGUGUGUGUGUGUGUGGGACGACCUACCCCUCCACAGACUCGUCUCUCAGCUGUGUGUGUGUGUGUGGGACGACCUACCCCUCCACAGACUCGUCUCUCAGCUGUGUGUGUGUGUGUGUGUGUGUGGGACGACCUACCCCUCCACAGACUCGUCUCUCAGCUGUGUGUGUGUGUGUGUGUGUGUGUGUGUGUGGGACGACCUACCCCUCCACAGACUCGUCUCUCAGCUGUGUGUGUGUGUGUGUGGGACGACCUACCCCUCCACAGACUCGUCUCUCACCUGUGUGUGUGUGUGUGUGUGUGUGUGGGACGACCUACCCCU